CCGUUCUCUCUCCCCUCUUCGGAAACUCCGCCACUGUCCCCAAAAACCCAUUAAAAGCUCCGCCUUUGGCUCCCGUCGUCUCCACUCUCCUCCUCCUCCUCCGCGGCAAUCACCACCGCCGCCCUCGCCUCCGCCGGAGAUCGAGCCAUGUCGGCGCAGUCCCUCCACUUGUUCACCGGCUCGCCGAGCGUGGCUUUCCUGAGCAAAUCCAACCACCACCCCAGGCCUUCCUUCCCCGCCACACUCCGCCCCUUGCCCUCCGCCGCCGCCGCCGCCGCCUUCUCCGGCCUCUCCAUCAGAGCCUCCGCGUCCGACGGAAACCCGCAGUCCCCGUCGGCCCCGCGCGUCCUGGUGUCGGACAAUGGGGCCGGGGCCGUGAUUUCGCGGCCCGCGUCCGCCGGCGACGCGGCGGCCAUCGAGGUGGACGCGGUGACGGAGGCCGAGCUGAAGGAGAACGGGUUCCGGAGCACGCGGCGCACGAAGCUCGUGUGCACCAUCGGCCCCGCCACGUGCGGGUCGGAGCAGCUGGAGGCGCUCGCGGUGGGCGGGAUGAACGUGGCGCGGAUCAACAUGUGCCACGGCACGCGGGAGUGGCACCGCCGCGUCAUCGAGCUGGUCCGGCGGCUCAACGAGGAGAAGGGCUACGCCGUCGCCAUAAUGAUGGACACGGAAGGGAGCGAGAUCCACAUGGGCGAUCUCGGCGGGGCUGCUUCUGCGAAAGCCGAGGAUGGUGAAAUAUGGACUUUUAGCGUGAGGGCUUUUGAUUCCACUCUCCCUGAACGAACCAUCAUUGUGAAUUAUGAUGGUUUUGCUGAAGAUGUGAAGGUUGGGGAUGAACUCCUUGUGGAUGGUGGAAUGGUGAGGUUUGAAGUGAUUGAGAAAAUUGGUCCAGAUGUUAAAUGCCAAUGUACUGAUCCCGGACUUUUGCUUCCGCGUGCUAAUUUGACUUUCUGGAGAAAUGGUAGUCUAGUUCGGGAACGUAAUGCAAUGCUUCCGACAAUUUCUUCAAAGGACUGGCUGGACAUUGAUUUUGGGAUCGCCGAGGGUGUUGAUUUUAUUGCAAUAUCAUUUGUCAAGUCUGCUGAUGUUAUAACUCAUCUUAAGAGUUACAUUGCUGCUCGCUCUCGUGAUGCGGACAUUUCAGUCAUUGCAAAGAUAGAGAGUAUUGACUCAUUGAAGAACUUAGAAGAGAUCAUUCUAGCAUCAGAUGGAGCUAUGGUUGCCAGAGGUGAUUUGGGUGCUCAGAUACCACUUGAGCAGGUCCCGUCAGCUCAACAAAAAAUUGUUCAGGUCUGCAGGCAGCUUAAUAGACCAGUUAUUGUUGCUUCUCAAUUGCUUGAAUCUAUGAUCGAGUACCCUACACCAACUAGAGCCGAAGUUGCCGAUGUUUCAGAAGCAGUUAGACAGAGAGCCGAUGCUCUGAUGCUCUCUGGUGAGUCAGCCAUGGGUCAGUACCCAGAGAAGGCAUUGACAGUCUUGAGGAGUGUAAGUGUGAGAAUAGAGAAGUGGUGGAGGGAAGAGAAACGCCAUGAAGCUAUGGAACUUCCACAUAUAGGAUCUUCAUUUGCAGACAACAUUUCGGAAGAGAUAUGCAUUUCUGCUGCCAAGAUGGCUAACAAUUUGGGGGUGGAUGCACUUUUUGUCUACACAAAAUCCGGUCACAUGGCAUCUCUCCUCUCGCGAUGCCGACCUGACUGCCCAAUUUUUGCUUUCACAACUACAACAUCAGUGAGGAGGCGUCUGAACCUUCAGUGGGGCCUGAUACCGUUCAGAUUAAGCUUCUCUGAUGACAUGGAAAGCAACCUCAAUAAGACAUUCUCUCUUCUCAAGGCCAGAGGGAUGAUCAAAUCGGGUGAUCUUGUCAUUGCUGUUUCCGACAUGUUGCAGUCUAUUCAAGUCAUGAACGUACCCUGAGGAGUACUCAUUUUCCAUGUGAGUAAAUUGUGUUAAGUGGCAAUUCUGGAUUAUGAUGAUCAUCAGAGUUUCAACAACGGGGUUGCGGUCAAGAAGUUCCUUUUUCAGAUUUUGGAUCAUCCUGCUUCAGAUUGGUAUGCAUUUGAGCCUGCGGCUGGUUCUGCAAUCUCCUGCUUGGCUUUGAGCUGCUGACAAUGCUCAACAGAGAUCGUGAUAAGGUAUCUGUCCUGAUUGCAAAGUUUGCGCACGAAGUUGGAGCUAUUGUUUCCAUUUUUUUCCCUGGUUUGAUAAUACCGGACAAUGUAACUCUUUUUUGCUUGAUUAUUGAAUACUGUACCGAGGGAUCCUAAACUAAGCAUUGCUAUCUGCGAUAAAUGAACCUAUUAUGGCGAUA